AUGGCCGCCGCCCCCGAGGGAGACGCGGCCCACGAGUUUAAUGAGAAGCUCACGCGCGAGGCGCAGCGACGCGGCUGUGCAGUGUUCCUGCUGGACAGCCCUGACUCCAACGAGCCCACUCUGCAAGAGCUGCGGGCGCUGCCCAAGCUGUUCGCGCCAAAGGCGGCGGCGGAGGAUAUGGCGGCGGUGGCGGAGGAGCUGGGGAUGGUUGGCUGUGACGGCCCCGAUGACCUCAUGCGCAUGAUUGACACGUCAUCCAGCUACGAGGGCUUCGAGAUCAUCGAGCGCCACCUCAAGCGCCUCGCCAGCAAGGAGCGCUGCGCGCUUGCUGACUGGCGGGGCGCGCUGAGCCUGGCGCUGGGGCUCACGCUGGCGGCCAAGGGGGACGAGUUUUGGUUCUGCGACACAGACGCCCCAGAGCACGUGGCCGCGAUCUGGAAGAAGCUGCGCGCCUCCUGGACCACCAUCCUCAAGCAGCCCGAUGACGUCAUCGGCCUGGACGCCCCCGGGCGUGCAGGCAUGGCCACCGUGCUCAAAGACUUUAGGAACGACCUCAAGCAGUACGGCUGCCUGUGA